AUGACUAAAAACGACUUUUUGCCCACGCUGGAGGAUGCAAAUGAUCCUUUGUUCCCACAGCAGAUAGAAAUUUUGCGUCAACAAGUCAUCGCCGAAGGGGGUGAUGAAGCCACCAUACAAUCAAGGUUCAACUAUGCUUGGGCACUGAUUAAAUCGCAAGAUAUCGAUGAUGAAAGGCUGGGCAUUAAAAUAUUGACUGAUAUAUACAAGGAAUUUCCAAGUAGGAGAAGAGAAUGCCUUUAUUAUCUAACUAUAGGCUGCUACAAGGUAAGUGAAUACAGCAUGGCUAAAAAAUAUAUCGAUGUAUUGCACUCUCAUGAACCCAACAAUAAACAGGUUCAGAACCUUAAAAAAGUGGUAGAAGGAAAAAUACAAAGUGAAACAAUUAAAGGCGUUGCCAUUGGGGCUGGUGUUAUCGCAGGUGUUGCCACUUUAAUUGGUAUCAUGUCAAGAUCCAGAAAGAGGUAA